GAAUGACUAGCUGUAAUGCUGACAUACAUUGGGUUCUUAUGCGGCUCAUUUUUUAUCAGGCUGGGAGGAAUUCCCGUGGGAGUAGUUGCUGUCGAAACCCGAACAGUGGAACUAAGUAUCCCAGCUGAUCCUGCAAACCUGGAUUCUGAAGCCAAGAUAAUCCAGCAGGCUGGCCAAGUUUGGUUCCCAGACUCCGCAUUUAAGACCUAUCAAGCUAUCAAGGACUUCAACCGUGAAGGGCUGCCUCUGAUGGUCUUUGCCAACUGGAGAGGCUUCUCUGGUGGGAUGAAGGAUAUGUACGACCAGGUGCUGAAGUUCGGUGCUUACAUCGUGGAUGGCCUGCGGGAGUGCUCCCAGCCUGUGAUGGUUUACAUUCCUCCGCAGGCCGAGCUUCGGGGCGGCUCCUGGGUCGUGAUUGACCCCACCAUCAACCCCCGGCACAUGGAGAUGUACGCUGACCGAGAAAGCAGGGGGUCAGUUCUGGAGCCAGAAGGAACAGUAGAAAUCAAAUUCCGCAGAAAGGAUCUGGUGAAGACCAUGCGUCGGGUGGACCCCGUCUACAUCCACUUGGCUGAGCGAUUGGGCACCCCAGAGCUGAGCGCGGCCGAGCGGAAGGAGCUGGAGAGCAAGCUGAAGGAGCGGGAGGAAUUCCUCAUUCCCAUUUACCACCAGGUAGCCGUGCAGUUCGCUGACUUACACGACACACCAGGCCGGCUGCAGGAGAAGGGUGUCAUUAACGACAUCCUGGAUUGGAAAACCUCCCGUACCUUCUUCUACUGGCGGCUGAGGCGUCUCUUGCUGGAGGACCUGGUCAAGAAGAAAAUCCACAAUGCCAACCCCGAGCUGACCGAUGGCCAAAUCCAGGCCAUGCUGAGGCGCUGGUUCGUGGAGGUGGAAGGGACAGUGAAGGCCUAUGUCUGGGACAAUAACAAGGAUCUAGUGGAGUGGCUGGAGAAGCAGCUGAUGGAGGAAGACGGGGUUCGCUCAGUGAUAGAGGAGAACAUCAAGUACAUCAGCAGGGACUACGUCCUCAAGCAGAUCCGCAGCUUGGUACAGGCCAAUCCAGAGGUCGCCAUGGAUUCCAUCGUCCACAUGACCCAGCACAUCUCACCCACUCAGCGAGCGGAAGUCGUACGGAUCCUCUCCACGAUGGACUCCCCUUCAACGUAGGGAGAGCUUCCUGCCCAGCCCUGCCCUGCCUCCAGAGACCAGGGCUAGAGCGGCCUUUUACAACUGAAACCGCUGCAACGAGAAGGCACAGGCACGGGAAUCAGUGGCAUUUCGCUUCCCCUCGGAUGUUUUCAGGUUACGCACGACAUAGGAUGUGGGGUCACAAAGCCCCCGGUCCAGCCCGCCGGUCACACACCUACCCGUUCAGUAUUUAUUACCCUGGCUGUGACUGCGGUCCUCUCUCCUUGCCCAGGAUCUGAGAAGGCAAUGAAGGGUACAGACACGUACCGUGAGGUCUUACUGCGCAAAUCAGGGCUGCCUCCUGCCUGGACAGCC